AUGUCGAUAUUUGGCACUGUCAUAAUUGUUCUAGGAUUCAUCGCACUAUACUACGUGACGUCAUUGCAGCCUCAAUUCCACAUACAACAUCUGCACAUUCGAGAAAAUUUCAGUAGCUCCUCAAACCCUAAUACUUCCAUUGUGAUGGACCUCAAAUUUAAGAAACCGAUAGGAAUUCGUUUCGACGAUCUCAAAAUUACUUUGUAUUAUGCCUACAACCAAAGCUUCUCCGUCAUCGGCUAUUGCAUCGUCCCUGGAUUCAAGCAGGCCUAUAAAAUUACGGCCCAUCGGGAGGCAGUAGUGGAGGCUCAUGGGACGGCGUGGCAAGAUGCGCUGAGGAGGAUUUCCCAAGGAUCAACGGUGGGGUUGAGAGCGGAGUUGAUCACCGGAUAUAGGGGGGCCGGUGACAGUAGCAUGUGCAUUUCUUGUACGACGGUGAUGGCGGGGGCAGCGGAGUUGCGUCUUGACAGCUCCGGCGAGGUUUCUAGGAAGCCGAUAAGAUUCCGUUGA